CAGGUGUGUGGAGGUAGAGUUCCGCGGCAUUUGGGAGCGCGCACGGACGAUGACCCAGUUCCCCGGAGGCCUGCGCACCGUGAACCGAGUUUCUGCUCCUUCCUCGCGCUUUCCCCCGCGUGCAAAACCGAUUUUUUCCCAAAGAUGAGCACUCUGAUGGCGUGUAAAGAACCUUUUGCUCGAAGCGGCUCGGAGCCGGUGGAGGACAUGGACACCACCAGCUUCAUGGCAGAGUUUUCCCUGGAGGCCAAUUAUCCGGUUCAAGUCACAGAUCCUCACGAUGCUGUGACGCUCCACCUGAGCUCCAUGCCUUCUAGAUACAUGAUCCCCUCCCCAGAGAACAGGAUAAGACAGCCAGUUGAAGACGUAGAAGAAUGCACCUGUCCGAGCUCCGCCCCACCAGACGGCCCCAAAGAGCUGCAGCUGCUGAGCGUCGCCUGCGAAAAGUGCCGGUGCCCGGCCCCGCCCCCGAAGAUCAGCGACCUGAUCAACGACAAGGACCUGCUGGACUCUCUGCGGCUGAAGCUGGACCCCAGCCACUGCACCAUCAAGAACUGGAAGAACUUUGCCAGCCGCUGGGGGAUGAGCUACGACGAGCUGGCCCUGCUGGAGCACCGGACCCAGGGCUCGCUGGCCCACAGCCCCACCCAGGAGUUCCUGCUGCGCUACAGCCAGAAGCCCGUCAGCGAGCUCAGCGAUCUGUGCCGCCACUACCAGCGCAUCGACGUCCUGCGCCUGCUGCAGGCCUGGACCGAGAGGGACUGGCCCUCCCGCUGGCAGCAGGGCCACUAGCUUCCCAAUAGGGAUGGGACGGUUUCUGA